UAAGCUGAAAGAAGCUAAAACCCGAAGACAGAAAAAUCCGUUGUGAAACGAUGGAAAAAGGUUUUGUCUUUAACACGACAAGACAAAAGAAGAAACCUCCGUAAAAAUUAAUAAUUGCAAACGGUCAAAUUUCCUUUCUGUCUUUCAGAUCCGCCCAGAUGCUCAAAUCGUCUCUUCACCCUAACCACCAACUAAAUUUCCCAUUUUGUCCCUCCAACAACCAUCACCGUCACCGUCAACGUCGUCGCCCCAGAAAUCUAUGUAUAACAAAGCAACUAUCAUCUUAUUUUCCUGUUCAGGACUGAUCCUCGGCGCCGGCUAAAUAUAAGUGGAAUAAAAUAACAUCUCAAAUAAAAAAAAUGCUGGUUCCUGGAUUUCUAGGGUUCAACUGCGUCGUUCUGGUGUCGUUGCUGGUUGUUUUUCUGGUAAUCCGGCAUAAGUUGAGGAAUGCGGCGGCGAGGAAAGAGGAGGUUACGAGGUUGCUCGAAAUGGUCUCACAUGAAUCCGCCGUGGUAGAGGCUCAAGCCUCAGCCGAGUACGGUUAUUAUCCAAAGUACCAGUGUGCUGUUUGCUUUGCCCCAACUACCACGCGCUGUUCUCAGUGCAAAUCUGUUCGUUACUGUUCUGGUAAGUGUCAAAUAAAUCACUGGAGACAAGGCCACAAAGAUGAAUGUCGCCCUCCAACUAAUUUUGAAGUGAUAAAACAGUCUGGAAUUCACAGUAAUGAUUCUGUGGUGGAAAGUUUAUGUAAAACAUCUUCUGACACUUCAUCAGUGGUAGAAAAUGAUGAUGAUGGUGAUAAUCAUAAGCCUCAUGAAGAUGCCAAAGUGACACAUAAUGGUAAUCUUAUGUCUGAUGAUGUCCAUCCUGCAAAAACUGUCUACAAGAAGUCAACCAAAACAGUUUCAGAAGAAAUGUUAGUUACUGAUGUAUCCAAGAAAAGUAACUUAACAUCCCUGAGCUCUUCAAGGCCUAAAACUGUAAUAAAUGAUGGGGAAGAGGAUUUGCAACUUUAUGGAAGCAAACAUGUCAAAACUUCAUUAUUUAGUGCUUCUGAUGAUCAUGCAUCUUCAGUUGCUGGAGGGCAUUCUGUACCCAGUUCCAAGUCUGGCUUGCCUGCAAAAAGUAAUGCUAUCCCUACCUUGCCACAGACUGCUAGUAAUGGCUUGAAAACAUCAAUGCGCAAGGUUGUCCAACAGUUUAAAGCCUCCAAACAGUCUAAAUCCUCUCUUUUUGGUUUUGGUAAUGAGGUUAGUGGAAAAUAUAAUUACAAGAUAAUCUUUCCAUACGAACUAUUCAUGGAACUUUACUCUUAUAACGCAGUGGAACUGUGCCCAUUUGGCCUUAAUAAUUGUGGGAACAGUUGUUAUGCUAAUGCUGUGCUUCAGUGUUUGGCUUUUACUAGGCCACUUACCUCAUACCUUGUCAGAGGGCUCCACUCUAAAGCAUGUCGAAAAAAGGAGUGGUGCUUCAUCUGUGAGUUUGAAUGUUUGAUUUUGAAGGCAAAGGAAGGGGAGUCCCCUUUGUCCCCCAUCCGGAUAUUAUCCAAAAUACAAAAAAUUGGUAGUAAUCUGGGUCCAGGGAAGGAAGAGGAUGCCCAUGAAUUUUUGAGGUAUGCUGUUGAUGCAAUGCAAUCUGUUUGCCUCAAGGAUGCAAGGGCUGCAGGUCCACUAGCAGAAGAGACGAGUCUAAUCGGCCUAACUUUUGGAGGUUACCUUCAUUCUAAGAUAAAGUGCAUGAAGUGCCUAGGUAAAUCUGAGCGGUAUGAGAGGAUGAUGGAUCUAACUGUUGAGAUUGAUGGGGACAUUGGAAGUCUUGAGGAGGCACUUGCACAGUAUACAACUACAGAAAUUUUGGAUGGAGAGAACAAAUAUCAUUGUAGUAGGUGUAAGUCUUAUGUCAAAGCAAGAAAGAAGUUGACAGUAUUAGAGGCGCCUAAUAUUCUUACCAUUGUUUUAAAGCGGUUCCAGUCUGGUAACUUUGGGAAGUUAAAUAAGUCAGUUCAAUUUCCUGAGGUCCUUGAUUUAGCCCCAUAUAUGAGUGGAAAAAGUGAUAAGGCUGCAUUGUACAAUCUCUAUGCUGUGGUUGUUCACUUGGAUGUUAUGAAUGCUGCCUUUUCGGGUCAUUACGUGUGCUAUGUGAAGAGUUUCCGUGGAGAGUGGUUCAGGAUUGAUGACAGCACAGUAAUACCAGUGGAGUUGGAGAGGGUCUUACUAGAAGGUGCAUACAUGCUCCUCUAUGCGAGCCGCUCUCCAAGGGCCUCGGCUUUGGUCAGAAACAAUCUUGAGUCUCAUGGUGUGAGGUUCAAGAAAAGGAAUUUGGAAGCUGUUCCUUCUAGCCAUAAUACGUCCAAGACGAGAUCUGACUCUAAUGUUUCAAGGUUGGAUCCCUCUAUGAUACAACGGAAACAUAAGUAUCCUUCUGAUGCUUCCACCAGCAAGCAGUUGUUUUAUCCUGAAGAUUGGAGAUUUUAUUCAAUGCAGAGGAUUCCUCCGGCUGAUUCUUCCAGUGAGAGUUCUUCCAUUUUUAGCAGCUCCGAUGCAAGCUCUUGCAGCACAGCAAGCACCAAGGACUCUUCCAGGAGUGAAGACUUCUCUGAUUAUUUAUUUGGCGAAGUGGGACCUGAAUGGUACAGCCUAUAUGGGAUUUCAUCCGAUAUGGACGCCGCUUCCUCUUAUCAUGGUCUUGAUGGAGAUUUGGGAGCAGAGAUGGAUGGCUGUGCUCGGUGGCUGGGAAGGGAUGGGAACUCCACAGUUUUGUUCACUGACUCAAGAAGACACCGUAGGAAUGGUACCAGUAGAGCCUCUAACUAUGAGCAAGGAGGCUGGUCUAACCCUCAUGAUGUAAGAUCAUCCGGUAUUUCAAUAAGGAGAGCAAGCGUAGAUGGAUCAGCUCAAACGUUUUAUUGAGUCUGAACUGUGAAGCUUGCUGGGUGGUAUCGUACCUCCAAAUCAGAACUGACACUGUAAUCAAUCAGUAGGGGAACCUGUCCAUGGGUCGUCG